AUGGCAACUCGGAUUUGCCAACUCGAAAACGGCGUGAUGAUGAGUUUUGAUGGUGUGUUAUUGGUCUCUGGCCCGCAGCUGGAUGCCAACAAGAGUCCGCUGGCCCUGCUGGCCCAAACGUGCAGCCAGAUCGGCGCGGACUUGGGGCCUACGCACCCCAAGAUCACCAAGGCCUCGUCGGCAGUCAACGGACGCGUCAAGAAGGACUCGUCGUCGUCGAGCGUGAGUCCGGUCGACAGCCUCAAGCACUCGGGCCUCCUGGCCAGCCCAUCGCCGUCCCUGGACAAGUGCCGCUCUCUGGACCCGGGGGAACCCGAUCAUCAGGAAGCGCAUCUUAUCGUUGCGUAUGUUCGAGGAGGUGAUGAUGAUAGUGGUGAUGAUCGGUCGUCUAUGGCGAACAUGGCCGUACACGGCUUGAAGAAAGAAUUUCCAGUAGUUUCGCGCCAUUACACGUGUCGCGUUCACGAGGCCACCAGAGCGCGGACGUUGUCGCAUCAGUGA